UUCAUUUUCGUCGUCGUUGUGAUCGUACAUACACAGCAAAGCCAUUUUAAUUUCCUUUCCAUUUUUCGGUACCAAAUUUUUGAAAUUUCCUCUUCCAAAUUCCCAAACACGCCCCGUGCUUUUCCCCCCACUUCUCUCUCUAAAAAACUGUUUCUCUCUCUAGAUUUUCCCCAUUUGUAUCGGUCUCUCCGCAGCUGUCUUGUGCUUCUCAUGGUGGUGGGGUAAAAUUGCAUAUUCACAAGGGACAGAUGCGAGGAAAAGGUAAAUCUGUAGGUCACUCUCAAUCUAGUACUUGUUCUGGAAGGAAGACAUUGCAAAGGUGCAAGAAUAAUGGGGAAGCUGAUAAUGUUGUCCUCAUUGAUGUUGAUAGUGAUAAUAUCAAUAACGUUAUUGUCAUCGAUAUUCCUGAGUCUUUAAAGCAGAAGCUACGUGGUUCAAGUGAUAGGUGUAAAUUACGGACUGUAAUCUGCAUUGAUGAUGAUGAAAGUUCUGACAACGAUCAUCCUGGGAUGGGUGUAGAAGGUGGUGGUGACUUUUAUAGUGAUGCCUCCUCUAGUGGGAGAUUUUUCCCUACCUCAAACCACACUCAAAAGUCUGCAGAUCAGGUUGGUGAUGAGUGUCAGUUUGUUCAAGAAAAUUUAUCCCCAUUGAAGUUAUCAAAGUGCAAAAGGACCUAUUCUGGAAAAGCUUCCAGCAGAAAUCGUUAUGGUUUAGGUCCUGAAUCGGACACUGGUUCAGCUGAUAAUGAUUAUCCUGAUUGUGAAUUCAUGGAAGACUCUUUUGGAGAGCUUCGUGAACAGUGGGAAAAAGCUAACAUGAAGAAAAAAUAUGAUGUUCGCAAUGGUCAAUCUGGUAGGGUAGAUCAGGCUACUACUUCUGGGUUGCAUACUGGUAGUCAGCAGAAAGUUGAAGUAGAGAACAUGACUGACCAACACACAGAAGCCCAGGUUUGUCCUAGUUCAAGCAAUGCUUGUUAUGAGGAAGAAAACCCAUCUCCUUUUGCUGAUUUUGGUUUGAAGUCAACUGAAGAAACUCAAUUUUCUGAUAGUAAGGCUGAUAACUGGGUCAGAGAAGAGUCAUUCGCAGUUGACCCGCCUUUCAACAAUUCUGAGGGGCCAGCUACUAAACAUGUUAAGCAUGGUCGUUCUAGUCUUCACUAUGAACAUGACCACUGGUCUCGAGGAUUUUCUGCAUGUUCCAGUCAUGAACAAGGUAAUAAACAAGUUAAUCAUACUAAUAGAUUUUCUCAGGAUAAAGACAAAACCCCGCCUGCAGAACCUUGUAUGACAAAUCCUGAUCCAACCAUUGACAUACACUUUGGUUGUAGUAAAACUAGUUUCCUAGAUGAGGAGUUUUCCUUCUUUAUGAUACCAGAUGAAGUGCUUUUGUUCUCCAAGACCCAACAUUCAGUUGAUACUGAAGUUGGCAAUGGCAGAGAGAAGUUUCAGCAGCCUCGUAGUUGCAACUCUCAUUUUCCUAAUGAAUUUGAAAAUGCAAGUGGUAGUUCUGUGGAUAAGGAGAAAUUGGCAUCUAGAGAACCUUCAUUUCAGAAUAUGAAACCAUCUGAUGAAACACAAGUUAAUCAUGGUGUUCCGGAUAAUGAAGUUGGAGCUAUUCCUGUGGAAACUUUCUGUGAAGAUACACCCUUGGGAGAGUCAGCUUUGAAAAAAGUAAAGGUUUGCUGUCAAGUCAAAGUGAAGCCAGUCCCUGAGGAACCAUCUUUCUUUAGCAUUCCUCGUAAUGAAGCACAUUCUUCACCAAACAUGGGGGCAGGGAAAUUAUGUAGUGAUUUUAUGUCUAAUCAUCAACAAGAAGUAGAAAAGGAUGGUCCAUUGCAUGCUCAAGAUGGUGAUGUUACGAAUGCAGAUCAGGGUUGUAUAAUUAAUGAACGGGAAAAGCUUAAGGAGACUGAUGAAUACAAACGAGCAGUAGAGGAAGAAUGGGCAUCCAGGCAGCGAGAGUUACAAGUUCAGGCUGAAGAAGCACAAAAGAUGCGGCAACUACGGAAGAGGGAGAAAGCUGAAAGUAUGCGGUUAUUAGACAUGGAGAGAAGACAAAAGCAACGGGUGGAAGAAAUGCGAGAGAUUCAAAAGAAGGAUGAAGAGAAUAUGAACUUGAAAGAACAACUUCGUGCUGAAGUUAGGAAGGAGCUUAACCAAUUGGAAAUUAAAUGUCGAGAUAUGGCUUCACUAUUGCGUGGCCUAGGAAUCCAAGUAGGUGGUGGGUUUCAGCCCCAGGCACAUGAGGUCCGCGCAGCAUAUAAACGAGCUUUGCUAAGCUUUCACCCAGAUAGAGCGUCUGGGUCAGACAUUCGCCAGUUAGUUGAAGCUGAGGAAAAAUUUAAGCUUAUUUCACGUAUGAAGGACAAGUUUUUGUCUACUUCAUGAGAUAUACACUUGAACAUAUAUAUAUGUUUUAGUUUUCAGUGAAAUUUUACCAAUCUUCUCACUGGUAUAGCUUGAAAAUGCUUUAGAUUUUUCUCUUUUAAGAGAAAUAUCAGUUACCUAGUCGGCUUUCACAGGGUACAGAAAAGUCUGCUUUCGCUCGCUGCGUACGAGAAUUCAUUAUUUGUACAUCGGUUGUAAUUUUUGCAACGAGUAGCUGAAGCAAAUUUUUUUAUCCCAAGGUGUUCUCACCGUCCGGUGGGUGGAGCUUUGUGCUAAUCCAUUGUUCUAACUACUGUUGGGUUGUGUUAAUCAUCAAUCCUUUAGUCCUUUUUGUACAAUGUUUUGUCAUCUGUAUAUUGCUUACAAUCUUAUGGUGUUUGAUUCUGGUAUGUGCGACUAAAGGGGACAGGUUAUAUAUUUUUAAAAA